AUGGUCAGCAAAUAUGUUGUCGAGAUCUUCAAGUACAUGAAGCAGACCAAGCUUAUAACACUUCCUCAUCCGAAAUACAUGGCAUUGCAAAAAGAGCUGGCCUGGUCGAUGCGUGGAAUCCUUCUCAAUUGGCUGGUUGAAGAAAUUGUUGCACCAUCCAUCUCGCACUUCCUUCACUGCGUGGACUCAUCCUACACUGAAUCCGAUAUCCUUCUCGCAGAGCGGUACAUCCUGAAAACAAUCGAUUGGAACUUGAGCUAUCCGAACCCGAUGCACUUCCUGCGCCGCACACGCAAAUCGGAUGAUCACAAUGGGGAAACACUGGAGUGGCGGUUGCUGGCCACGCCACCUUCCCUGCUGCUGCUGCGCCGACCUGGUUGGGACACCUCAUUCUCGGCAACAAUAAAUGGGUAA